UAACGCUGCAGGACUUCAGGCUGUGCAGCGCUCACUGGUAACGCAUACUGGUCGUGUUUAUAAAAGUUAAAAUGGCAGCAUUACGUGUUUCUCUGACAACGUUAUCGAGAGUAGUGCUGUUACUUCCACCACGCAACUGGGAAAUUGGAAGUUAAUUUCAAUAGGCAGUUGGCAAAGUAAAAGAUGGAGUUAACAUUACUUUCAAUGUCACUUUCAGCCGUCCUCUGCCACGUGUUUUGAUCUUUUCACUGUGGCGCUUAAACAAUGUCCCUCGACUCAGAAGAUGAAAUAACCCCUCUACUUAAAGGCGAUGAUGACAGGACUGAAGAAGAUGGGAGGAGCCGAUGGAGGUCAAUCAGGGUCAUGUACUUCACCAUGUUCCUCAGCAGUGUGGGUUUUACAAUUGUCAUCACAUCAAUAUGGCCCUAUCUGCAAAAGAUUGAUGACAGUGCAGAUGCCAGCUUCCUGGGCUGGGUGGUAGCUGCCUAUAGCUUGGGUCAGAUGGUGGCAUCACCUCUGUUUGGGCUAUGGUCCAAUCACAGGCCUCGGCGGGAAUCUCUGGUCUGCUCCAUAUGUAUCAAUGUUUUGGCCAACAUCUACUACUCCUAUGUGUACCUCCCUCCAUCUCACAAGAAGUACCACAUUCUUCUGGCCCGAGUGUUUGUUGGCUUUGGAGCAGGUAAUGUGGCUGUGGUGAGGGCUUAUGUUGCAGGUGCCACUUCUCUGACAGAGAGAACCAGUGCGAUGGCCAACAUGAGUGCCUGUCAGGCACUGGGGUUCAUUCUGGGACCAGCUCUCCAGGCAGCUCUGUCGGCUAUUGGUGAGAAAGGUUUCUACAUAGAGCUCCUUCACCUGAAGUUUAAUAUGUACACUGCCCCAGCACUACUAGCUGCCUUCUUUGGGGUCGUCAACAUUGUCCUGGUGCUUGUAGUCCUGAGGGAGCAUCGUGUAGCUGAUGAUGGGAGACAGAUCAGAGCUAUUAACUGUGUCUCAGAAGACCAGGUACAUGUAGCCCCUGAGAUAGAGGGAAGUAUUGACCACAUUGCUGUGCUUACAUCCAACAUCCUUUUCUUCAUCAUCCUCUUCAUUUUUGCUGUGUUUGAAACUAUAUCCACCCCGUUGUCUAUGGACAUGUUUGCUUGGACAAGGAAAGACGCUGUUCUGUACAAUGGAAUCAUACUUGCAGCCGUUGGAUUUCAGUCCGUCAUAGUGUUCCUUGUCGUCAAAGUCCUUUCUGUGCGGGUUGGUGAUCGUCCCCUGCUCUUGGGCGGCUUGGUCAUCAUUUUUAUUGGCUUUUUUAUCCUAUUACCUUGGGGAACCCAGUACCCAAAGAUUCAGUGGAUAGACCUUCAGAAUUACUCUAUGCCAGAUAUUCUUCUGGCACCUCCCCUAACCACUAAUGGCACUGUGGAGCCCACUGGAUGCCCACCUGAACAAACGUGGUGCCAGUAUACCCCUGCCAUCCACCUGGCACAGUACAUCACGUCUGACAUUCUCAUAGGAGUGGGUUACCCUGCAACUAAUGUCAUGUCCUACACGUUGUACUCAAAGAUCUUGGGACCCAAACCACAGGGUGUAUACAUGGGCUGGCUGACAGCUUCAGGCAGUGGUGCCCGAACUCUGGGACCCGUGUUCGUUUCACAGGUCUACACCAUCUUAGGUCCUCGCUGGGCCUUCAGUCUGAUCUGUGGCAUUGUGCUAGCGGCCAUCCUGCUCUUGAUGGCCAUGUAUAAGAGGCUCAUUGCGUUCUCAGUGCGCAAUGGACGGAUGGAGGAGUGACCGCUGCUUAAAGGAGGACAAUGCUGAUUCGAGGGUGUGUGCAGGGACACCCAUCGAAUAACUCGGGACAUACCUCCUUUGGUGGGUAGUGACCCCAGAAAGUGAAGACCACUACUACAGGCUCCAUUUCCCAUGGACCCUUUCUUGUUAGUAUGUCUAAGCAAUGAUCUAGUGAUCUAAUGACCCAAAGUCUUUUAAAACAAUAGAAUAACAAUAGAAAAAUGGCAAUUUGAAAGACGUUUGACAAAACUACUUUAUAAAUUGUGUGUGUGUGUGUGUGUGUGUGUGUGUGUGUGUGUAUAUAUACGCGCACACA